AUGGGGGACUUUGGGGGGUUUGUAGAACAUCCUGAGUAUGGUCUUUGUGGGAUCACUUGCGCUCAUGUUGUUUUGGAUGACACGAAAUUCAAUUUGUUCAAGGAAAAAACAACACAGACGGAAGAGGAUUUCGAUGUCAUGAUAUAUCAACCUAAACUUAACGAAGGGAGACAGGGACCUGAUUAUGAAGUAGGAAAGCUUAAGCAAGCUACGUACACAGAUGGGGGAAACGACAAACCAGGAGUUGAUCUUGCACUUUUCAAGAUUGAGAAACGUGCACCUACAAACGGAGGAUUUCCUAAUUCUAGGAUAUCUUCGUUUAAGGCUGGCCUGGUAUGGGGAAAGCGCGGUAUUCCAUCUAGAUGCAAGGACGUUCAAAAGUUUGGUCAAGUAACAAGGAAUACGCAUGGAGUAAUUCAAUUUGAUAACUCUGUCGUUAGAGAAAUACAAUUCUUUGAUAACUUGAAACAUGAUAAACCUACAUUGUAUAAACAAUACCAUAUCAAAUCAAAAAAUAAAAAGGGCUUUUGCAAAGAGGGCGAUUCGGGGGCCCUCGUGUUUAUGAAAGACAAUACUGGGGGAGAAUCUGAUUUAAGAUGCAUUGGCAUGGUAGUUGGAACGUUUAUUCAUGAUCAUGCAGGUAUAGUAACGCCAAUAACUGCUAUACUUGAUGAGCUAAAAGUCCAGCAACUAAAGUCAUUCAUAAUCAAUGACAAGUUUGACCAAAUCUAUAAACUGUAUAACAAAACUAAUGAACGGGUCGACAAAAUUUAUAGGAGAUGUAGCAAAAAGGAUCACUGCAGAAGUGAUUCCUAAAACUCAACAACGUUUCGGAAACAAAUUAGUGAAUACGCACUCUAUAAAGACAUUAACUGGUGUUUCUCAAUUUAAUAUAAUACCGACCGGUUUCUAUAUCAUCAGGACAAAUAAACAUGAUACAGUAGUAACAAAUUCAAUUGUCGUUUUUGUGUUUACAUAUGUACGCAACGUAUAAAAAUGUGGACGUCAUCAAUUUUUGUUUAGUUUUGGUUUAAACACAUCAAUAAAAUAAAGCUCUUUCGAUAACCCUGCGGAUACAUCAAUAUUAUUGAUUACGUUGAUACAAUGUAUGUUUACAUUUUCCUUUUUUUUCUUCGUUUGUAUUGGUUGUAUGUUUUCCUUUUAGCAGAUUGUUCAUUUUUCAAUGUUUUUAUUACAUUUUUCACUUACUACUUCAUUAGUAUUGGUUGAUUAUUUUUCAUUUUGAUCAAUGUUUAUUUUUUAACGUUUUUAUUACAUGUAUCACUCGUGUGUUGUGCCUGUAACUGAUUAUUGUUCUUCAAUAUGGGGUUUCAAAAACUUCAAGAAACUAGAUAUUACUCAGCAUAGAGCAAUCAGAUAUUUUAUGUGUGUUCAUAGAUUUGCUCCGAUACUAGCAAUUACUGGUGAUAUGGGAUGGAUUUGUGCUCAGCAUCUAGACGUUGGGUUAAUAUACUGAGACUAUGGAAUAGACUUGUACAUAUGGGUGAUGAUAGACUCACAAAGAAAGUGUUUUUGUAUGAUUAUAUUACUGUUGGAAAUACAUGGUGUUCAGAUGUUAAGUAUAUUCUACAACAAGUAAAUAUGUCACAUUUUUAUGACAACAAACUUCCGGUUGAUUUAAAGAAUAUUGAAGACUCGUUACUUUUACUAUACAAAUCAAAUUGGUCUGACAAUGUUACAAAUGUGGCAAAGCUGAGAACAUAUGUUACAUUCAAACAAGACUAUGAAACAGAAAAAUAUCUCAUGU